ACUGAUCUCGAGUUUAUUGUUCUUGGUGUCUUGUGCAGUAUCAACACACAUCGGAUUAACUACUAAAGUUGACUUCUUUGAAAAACCGGUUUUUGCCGGGGUCAGGAAGUACAAAGAGCAUGGAAACCCUAAUUUAAAGGAGUUCAGUGAGCACAAAGAGUACAACAAGUUCAAAGUGUACAGAAAACCUAAAAGCAUGGUAAACCAAGUUAACAGAGAAGAAGUGAACGAAUACAAAUCUACUGAAAACAAAGCUUUUUCUGAAGAUAUUGUUCAACCAAUUUCUCAACAUUUAGAAAAUGAAGAAAUCAUAAAUGCGAUAAAAAAGAAACAUCCAGAACAGAAAACCAUGGAAUCUGUAAAAUUCAGGAAUUUGAAUGAGGUUUCCUACCCCGAUAAAUUAGAAAUCCUACAUGAAGACAAGAAUGCUGGAAAUGAUGCUAUUACACAAAAUGACUAUGAAGUUAAAAGUUUUGACUCAGAUAACUCUUAUGAUGAAUUCCCUGAAUACACAACACCAAGCUAUGAUCUUGCGCCAACCCCAGUUAUUAAUCUUAACUGCUCAGGAUGUAAAUAUUUUGAAAAUAGCAGUUACAUUUGCAGUUCAGAAAUCGUAGAAGAGAUUCCAGAUUCUAUUCCAGAUUUCAUCUCAACCGUUAUUUUUCAAAGUACGAAUAUAACUGAGAUUCCUAAUUUUGCUCUGGCAGGAAACAUGGCAACGUACAUCUUGUUUGAAGACAAUAAGGCUUUAAUCAAUGUUCAUGCAAAUUCUUUCAAAGGACUGGAAAACCUCCAGUAUUUUUAUUUCAGGAAUAACGAUAAUGUAAAAAACUGGGAAUAUGAUGAAAAUGAUGGAACAAUAUUUUCUCUAUUUUCUGGAAGCUCUAAACUUGUUCAUCUUAUUCUAGAGGAUUCUAAUUUAACAACAUUAGCUUCAAGAGAUUCUGAGAAAGUUCUUCCCCAUCUCGAAUACCUUAGUUUGGCAUUCAAUUUCCUAAGGGUGCUUCGUAACAACUCUUUUUCUGCCAUAUCCAGUUCUCCUUUAAAGUACUUGAACCUACAGAACUGUCAGAUCAGUAGUGUAGAGCCAGGAACAUUUGAAAAUCUACCGUUUCUGGAACAUGUUGACUUCCACUUCAAUCCAGAUCUCUUUAUGCCAAGUUUUGAGGCACCUUUCUAUACACCAUUUGCAGUCAUUGCUGAUAGCAUUUCAAUUACCAUACAAAGCAUAGGUUUUGGAAACAAUGGGAUUGUGUUUGUUCCCACUUAUUCUUUAACCUCAAUGAAAGAUUCAUUAGUCAGAGUAAAUCUAGCAAAUAAUCUAUUUCAACAGAUUGGUUCCACGCUAGGAAAUUCAACUUUUCCUGUGAUGUCCAACCUUACUGAGCUAAUUCUAGACAAUUGUGGGAUUAUUACAGUUGCAGACGGAACCUUCACAAACUUAGUUUCAUUGGAAUUUCUAUCCUUGAAAAAUAAUCCGCUGGUUCAGCUUUUUCCAGCCCUACUCCUUCCAUCCCUUCACUCAUUACAUAUACAGGUGAAUAGUCCUGAGUCUGCUUGCUUCUUUAUUUUCCCCGGUGGUAUUUUUCAAUCCAGGAAUAUGAGUAAUCUGAGAGAUCUGAGAUUGGAGUCGGUAAACCUUGAGAGUUUGAACCAUGAACAUCUUCUCGGGUUAGGACAGCUGGAAACCUUAUCUCUCACUGGAUCCUCAAUAGUAGAAAUAGAGAGUCUGGUUUUUUCUGGUCUUACAAACUUAAGAAAUCUAUCGUUAGCUUACUGUACAAGUGAUACACCUUUAACAUGGAGCACAUUGCAGGGUCCGAUCAAACUUCUGUAUCUGGAUUUGACCCAUGCUUCAUUUUCAAUAGAAAAUAUGAGUCAUAUAAAAGAGUUCACCUCCUAUAGGAAAAUAGAAGUUCUGAAUUUGACGGGUAUUUUGUCAGCAGUUGAUAAUCCUGUUGAUCUUGGAUUUGUCAGCAGUUUCAAAAAUUUGAAAAUUUUGGAGAUUGGCUGCAAUAAAAUCAGGUCCUGGGAGAUAUCCUUGUUUCCUCCUACACCUCAGCUGGAGAUCUUAACACUCCAGAAGAAUGGAAUAAACUUGAUACUCACCGAGGCUAUGCUCAGUGAUUUCUUCAACUCUAGCCUGGUAGAACUGGACCUGUCUCAGAACCUGUUUGAAUGCAAUCAACUAAUCUCAAAGUUUUAUAAGAAAGCCCAGAGCACUCAUGUUCAUAUUGUCGGCUAUUUUAACGGUUCAGGUUACGUUUGUGCAGACCAAGACAAGGUUAAAACGUUCUUUGAUUUUGUCACCAACGGCCCAGCAUUAGAGGAAGGAGUAGCUUUAAACAGCAAAGGAGGUUUCUCAUUAACACUGCAAAUUAUCACAACCACCCUUGUAUCCCUUGCAGUUAGUAUUGCUGUUUGCCUAGUUACAUACAAAUACAGAUGGUAUAUCAAGUACCACUACUUUUGCUAUCUAAAGACCAGGAGCCCUGUAUCCCAGAAUCCAGAGUACAUCUAUGAUGCUUUUAUUUCAUACAGCAAAGACAAUGAGGUUUGGGUUUUACAAACAUUGGUCCCUUUUCUCGAAGAAACAGAACCCCGGCUUAAACUCUGUAUCCACGAACGGGACUUUAAGGUUGGUAGUACUAUUGUUGAGAAUAUAAUAAACUGUGUGGAUAGUUCGAGAAAAAUAGUUCUUGUUCUAACAAAAUCCUAUGUUAAUAGCUCAUGGUGUAUGUUUGAAGCUCAUAUGGCUCAGCAUAGGAUUCUGGAUGGAAAGGAUCGGUUGAUAAUGAUAAAACUGCAGGAUCUUGAUAAAUCCUACUCCAAAUCCUUCAAACACAUCUUGUCCAGUGUAACAUACCUCCAUCUCUAUGAAGAAAGNCUAAAGAGAGGUAGAUAA